AAUAGACUCCGGAGCUUGUGCGGGGCGCACCGCGCUGCCUCCCUGCGUCAUCGACAACAAAUUGUCUUAAAAAAACACAAAAAAACCCCAAACAAAUGGAGACAGAAAGACGCAGCAGUCCGGUUCGGACUGAUUACUGACUUUAGCAGUGCGCGCUCACGGGAGACCGUAUACGAGACCUGGACGCGGAAGAAGUGAGAGGACGGAGAGGAGAAGGAAGAGGAGGACAGCACGAAUUCCCCAGCAUGACUCUGGGGACGGACGUGUCGGAGAGCCCGGCGCUGUCCGACGACGUGGUCAUCGACGUGGUCGGUGGAGACGGCGUGAGAGACGGAAAAUAUCUGCGCCAUCCUCACAUUUUUCACCAGGACCACGACUCUGACGACCCUCUGUCGUCCCAUGAGGUCGGGGAGGGCGCAGCCAGCGGGUCCGAGGGCCCGGAUGACGACCGCGUUGUGGCUCGGGGCGAAUCCGAAGCUGGCGCUGACCCAUUAAUAGGGGACAAACCGGCUAAAAACGCUCUCGUGAAGCCGCCCUAUUCGUACAUCGCGUUAAUCACGAUGGCCAUCUUGCAGAGCCCGAAGAAACGGCUGACGCUUAGCGAGAUCUGCGAGUUCAUCAGCAACAGGUUCCCGUACUACCGAGAAAAGUUCCCAGCUUGGCAGAACUCCAUCCGGCACAACCUAUCGCUCAACGACUGCUUCGUCAAGAUCCCACGGGAGCCCGGGAAUCCUGGAAAGGGCAACUAUUGGACGCUGGACCCAGAGUCGGCCGACAUGUUUGACAACGGCAGCUUUCUGCGCAGGCGGAAGCGCUUCAAGAGACACCAGAACAGCGACGUGGUUCUUCGUGACGCGGGCGGAUUUCUGCCGGGGUUUGGAUACGGCCCUUACGGCUGUUACGGCCCUGGUGCCGGUGGAGCUGGCGGCUACGGACUGGCACUGCAGAACUUUCACGCGUACCACCACCACCAUCACCAUCACCCGGCUGGGACGUUCCCUUUCCAGGGCGCGCCGUGUCCCCUUCCCGCAGUGCCAUCAUCUAUCUUCUCUUCGUCUCCGCACACAGUGUCGCCCUCUCUGCUGGGAGCAGAACUAAGGAAGCCCUUCUACCCGCAACUCGGUCCAGCACUCGCGCCUCCCAAAACGGACACGAACACGUCUCGUCGCCCGUCUUUCUCCAUAGACAACAUCAUCGGCGCUACCAGCUCGCCGCCCUCAGCCCCAUACAGCGCCCAGUUACCAGCGGGUCAGGCACAGAUCCUAGCUAUGCUCACCCCACCGUCCUCCAACCACUUGAACCUCUCUCCGGAAACGAUUGCUCCGAGCUCGUGCACGGACUUCCUCCGGUAAAACGAGGACAACAAACUUUUUUCUAGUCUUUUUUUUCCCCAGAACGGCAAGCGAGCCUGAAUGCGCCGCGAUCCGUUUUAAAAAAUGCGACAUUUUGCCAAGGUAGGAACUGACUUUUUGUGAGGCUAAAAAUUCUUUUUUUUGUGGAAAUUUGAGAGUAAACAAACAAACAAACAAAAGUCUUAAUUAAUUACGUUAUAUUUAUGAACUGUAAAUAUGUACUAUACUGAGAAACAACAUCACGUGCAGGCAGAAAUGAACAUUUAAAAAAAAAGAAAAGAUAGUCUGAGGUUAACAUUUGACCUUUGAUUUCCGGUCCAGUUGUUUUUUAAUCGGAAAACCUUCAGUUAAUUUUAUCUCCUUGUGAAUAGUGGAUUUUCCUGUCGGCGCGCUUACAGAUUGUUAUUGCUAUUGUUAUGGUUUAUAUAUAUUUUUUGUGGGUUUUGUGAAAAAAAGCACUGUUUAAUACUAGAAAGACCGAAAAUAUCGACUCAGGUUUACUUUUUUUUUUUUUGGAAAAGCACAUUUUUGCCAGUGACAGUGGGGUUUCUGCCCAAACAGCGAUAUAUCAGUGUCAAAAAUAUCUGUUUUUUGUUUUAUAUUUUUAAUUUUAAUUUUAAUUUUUUUUUGUCCUCAGACAAAAAUUAUGUGGCGUUGAUGUAACUCGCAUUACCUCUCCUCCUGUCUGACUGUGCAUACGUUUUUUUCUUAUAAUUACAUUAAAGAUAAUCUGUGAAGAAAAUGUCGCUACGUUGUAAAAAACAAACAAACAAACAAAAACAGAUAAACACACGUCAUGUUCAUAGGUCAUUUGGUUGUAAUGACAAGAAAUAAAUGUUGUGAAUUUUAAA